AUGGAGGGUUCGGCGACAGGGGGAAAUCACGGAGGCGAUCCUCGCGCCGAGCAUGCCGCAACCAAGGAGUCCGAGGAGGCGGCAACGCAACACCAUCUGACGCUGCUCCAGCCGAGCGUGGUCGAAGUUUCUGCAGCCGUGCUGGAUAAGGACAAGGUGGCACAGCACGAGUCGGUGGGGCUGGUCGGUGGCUCUCCUCCUUCUGGUGGACGGGGAAGGCGUAGGCAAAGGAAGAGCGAUGGGGAGGAGGAUGAUGACUCCGCCGUGCCCGGGGACCUCACCACGCAGGCGAAGAGGUGCCAGACGACAGGUAGUGCUGACAACGCCGGAGGCGCGGAAGUUGACACACCGCGAGGCGCCAAGGAAGCUAGUGGCAAGGCGGGCGGUCAAGCAUUGCGCCAGAAGGGCCGCCCCGCAGCAAGAAAAGCAUCUGGCGGAAGGAGAGGCAAGAAAGCAGCGACAGGAACGAGGCCGAAACGGGGCGAUGAAGACCCCGGUGAUACGGAGGAGGAGGAGGAUGAGGAGGAGGAUGCGGAGGGAGAGGAGGAUGAAGAGGAAGCGGAGGAGCAAGACGCGGAUGUUGGGGAGGAUGCUAAAGAUGAGAAUGAUGGCGGGGAGGACAAAGAGGAGGAGGAGGAGGAGGAGGAGGAGGAGGAGGAGGAGGAGGAGGAGGAGGAGGAGGAGGAGGGGGAUGAGGAGGAGGAGCAGGGUGACGAGGAGGAGGAGGAGGAGGAGGAGGAGGAGGAGGAGGAGGAGGAGGCAUCAGAGAAGGAGGAGGAGGAGGAGGAGGAGGAGGAGGAGGAGGAGGAGGAGGAGGAUGUGGCGCCAGGGAAGAGACGGGGCGGGCGUGGCGGUCGGGUGAGUGGGACAGGGAAGGAGGGGGGCCGGACUCGCCCUUCCCGAAAACGCGGGGCAGGUGACGCUGCGCGCGGCGAAGCAGCGGGCAAACCGAAGGCGCGUAAGGUGAAGGUCGAAAGUGAAGGGGUUGGUAAAAAGCAAGGGAGCCAGGGUGCAAAAGGGGAUGGAGGAGGAAAGGGUGGCCGCGCCAAAGGGGUUCGAGUGGGUACCGGCAAGAAGGAACCUGCCGGUGAAAGUGAGGAGCACGAGCAGUUUGUUACACGGGAGGAGUUCCAGGCGCUGCGGUCUGAGAUGUACGCCAUGUUUGCACAGCUCGGCCUGCGUCGUGGAGUACCUGCCAGCUAUGCCGGCGGGUCGGCAGCCCUGCCUAUGGCUGGUACCCCGCCGCCGAUGAGCGCCGUGGACAAGGCACGAGUGCUAGUGUUGCAGGAGACAAACCCAUUCCCGGUAUGUGGCGGGCCAAAUGGGGCGGGUUGGGGUUGA